GAAAGACAGGACAGCGGCAUGGACAGCCCGGAUGAGAUGGAUGUGGACGCCAACUUGUGCUGUCCCGAUGCGCUGAGCGCCACCCUCUCGGUGAUCUGCUUACCUUCCUGGUUGUGUUCACUUCAAAUGUUCGACCAGAAUGAACGAGCCGCAGUGCUGGUGUGGGGCAAGUAUGUGGGCUCCAUCAAUGACCCCGGGAUCCAUGUUGUGAACCCAUGCGGGGUGGUGACACGGAAGAUCACCACGGUCCGCAAGACCCUGGACGUACGCGAGGUGAAC